CCGCACCCGCACCCGCCGCUCCCGGCCGCUUGCGCUCCUCCCGCUCCAGGCGCCCAGACCGCGCCGGCGACGCCGCCCGCAGCGCCCCGUCCGCCCCCGCGCCCGAGGGUAGAUUGGAUUAACGGCAGAUUUCAAACCUUAAACCUCAGAGCUUAGCCAUUCCCGUGGCUUAUCAAGAAGAGGAUAAGGAUGUCCUCGGCGCGCUCUGUAGGACAGACAAAAGAAAUUUACGGCCAUCCCUUGGAAGUCCCAGUCACUCGGGAGCAACUAAACCACUAUCGGAAUGCGGCCGAAAACGCUCGAAGUGAACUGGCGGCAACUUUGGUCAAAUUUGAAUGUGCUCAGUCUGAGCUUCGGGACCUCCGAUCCAGGAUGCUUUCGAAAGAAGCCUCCUGUCAAGAGUUGAAAGCUGAAAUGGAGAAUUACAAAGAAAAUAAUGCUAGAAAAUCAUCUCUCCUCACCUCCCUGAGAGACAGAGUUCAGGAGCUGGAAGAAGAAUCAGCAGCACUUACCACUUCUAAAAUUAGAACCGAAAUCACAGCUCACACUGCAAUCAAGGAGAAUCAGGAGUUAAAGAAGAAAGUUGCAGAACUAGAUGAGAACUUACAAAAGUGUUUAAAGGAAAAUGAGGAGAAUAAGAAUCAAGUCUCGAAGAAUUGCAGGAAACAUGAGGAAUUUCUAUCUCAACUUGGUGACUGCUUAGAUCCAGAGAAGAAGAAUGAAAAGGCAUCAGAUGAAGAUUUAAUUCUAAAGCUUAGAGAGCUUUGCGAGGAAAAUACAUUCGUGAAAGGACAGAUUGUUACUCUUGAAGAGACUAUAAAUGUCCAUGAGAUGGAAGCAAAAGCUAGCAGAGAAACCAUCACGAGGCUGGUUUCAGAAGUAAACAGAGAGCAGAAAAAAGCUGCCUCCUGCACCGAGGAGAAAGACAAGCUGAACCAGGACUUGCUCCGUGCUGUAGAGACCAAAGGAGUUCUUGAAAGGGAAGUCAGGAUCCUCCAAGAAAGGCUGCUUGCUGGCCAGCGGGUCUGGGAUGCUUCGAAGCAGGAGCUGAGCCUCUUGAAGAAAAGAUCUUGUGAGUUGGAGAAGAGUCUGGAGGCCAGUCUGGAUGCGGCUGCAGCCUCGAGAAGCCAGUACUCCUCAUUUAGGGAGGAAGUCGCCGCCUUGCUUAGAGGCAGUGGGGACACGACGGGGCCCACGGAGGAUGCCGUUGUGGAAAGGAUCCGAGAAAUGACCAGCCAGGAAGAGAGCAGGAAAAGGAUGGUUUCCCAGCUUGAAGCCCGAAUAUCUGAGCUUGUGGAACAGUUGGGAAAUGAAUCUGGGUUUCACCAGAAAGCUCUACAGAGAGCCCAGAAAGCAGAAAACAAGUUGGAGACUCUUCAGGGUCAGCUGACACACCUGGAGGGAGAGCUGGUUUCUGGAGAUGUUUUGCGAGAUCACUUGAAUUUUGAGAAACAAAAAUAUCUUAAAUUUCUGGAUCAGCUCUCAGAGAAAAUGAAAUUGGACCAGAUGGCUGCUGAACUUGGCUUUGACAUGCGUCUGGAUGUAGUUUUAGCUCGCACGGAGCAGCUGGUCCGUCUCGAGAGCAAUGCAGUCAUUGAAAACAAGACUAUCGCCCACAAUUUACAGAGAAAGCUCAGGACUCAGAAAGAAAGGCUGGAGAGCAAAGAACUACAUAUGAGCCUCCUGCGGCAGAAAAUCGCCCAGCUGGAGGAGGAGAAGCAGGUGCAUUUGGCCUUGGCUGUGGAGAGGGAUGAGACCAAUCUCACCCUAAGAAAGUUGCAGAAGAGGGUGGAGAGGCUGCAGAAGGAGCUGAGUGUGUGUCGAGAAGCGAACACGGAGCUCAAAGCCAAGCUGGCUGAGCUGAAGAUUAAAACUUUGGAACAGACCAAAGCCACCGAAGACCUAAAUAAGUCCAAAGACAAACUUGAGAAGAUGAAGGAGAAAGCUGAGAAAAAGCUAAUGUCUGUCAAGUCAGAACUGGGUACUGCAGAGCUUGAGACUCAGGAGGAUAAAGAGGGGGCCAGGAAGAUAAUGGAAGUGGUAACCAACGAAAUGAAGACACUAAAAAAAUGUCUGGAAGAAGCAGAAACAAGAGAAAAGCAGCUGGUGGACUUCAGGGAGGUGGUUUCCCAGAUGCUGGGCUUGAACAUGACCAGUCUUGCGCUUCCAGACUAUGAAAUCAUCAAAUGUCUUGAAAGACUGAUCCAUUCACAUCAGCAUCACUUUGUCACCUGUGCCUGCCUCAAAGAUGUGACGCCCGGGGGAGAUAGGCACCCACAGAGUCACUUAAAACUCCUUCAUUGAAUACCAUCUCUCUUGGGGGAGGUGGAGCUAAGAGAUGGGACACAACUGUCAAUUUCACAAAUUCCCCAAGCCUUUGACAUUGAUCAGUGUGUGAAUACCAUGUAGUUCGAUGACCGCGCGCGUGCAAAUCCAUCAUUUGCAAAAAAGGAUCUCAGAGGUGCCAGCUGUAGGUUAAUGUUUGACACUAAGAACAGCUGUUAUUUUAUUUGCUAGCACUUUGGGACCCAGAAGAAGUCCAGUAGAUUGCAUAUCUAGAAUGGGCAAUGGGCGGUAGGGGAUUAGCAUUUAUGGGAUUCUUUUUUUAUGAGUCAGGGGCUUUACUACCCAAUUUAAUUCUCAUAAUGGUCACGUGGAGAAGCUUUAAUGUUUUAUUUUACAACCUCUCUGGGGCUCAGAGAGGGUGUUACCUACCCAAGAUUGUAGUUGGUUAGUGAUUGAACCAGCAGCCUUACCACGUUGGCCCUUGAUCAAAGGCUGUGCCUUCUCUGCUACUCUAUUCUCCUCCAGUUUCUCCUGAAAUCCUGUGAUCCUGGUGAAAAUUGCCCCCAUAAAGGAAGGCAAACAUUCAUACAUUCAAUCAAGUCCAAAAAGUGACUGAGAUUCAUGAGUGUCAUGCAUAUGAUUUCUUUAAAAAGCAUUACAACUAAUUAUUUGGAUAAAACAUACAUAGGUCUGAGGUCCUAUGAGAAGCCAACCGGUUUUAAAUGUUGCUGCCAGAUUAUAUUUGGUGGUAAUUUUUCAUGUUUGAACAGGGUUGGUCUCAGUCCUUUAAAAGUGAAACCUUUAAUGUGAAACCUAUAAGAUGAAGAAAUCCUGCCCAGGUUUACUCACCAAUAUAUCACGUGUACUGACAACAAGAGUACUUUUUUAGGAUCAGGGUUUUAUUACAAAUUCCCAUCCCUUUCUGCCUUCUUUUUAAAUUUCUAUUUCACAAGUAUUUUUCAGGAAACCAUAUUCUUAGCUUUAUUGAGAAAAACUUUUACUUUUUUGGGUGAUUAUCUUAUUUUCGCCAUAUGAAAGUAUGUCUGAAAAAAAGCAUUGGUGCCUAAUUAAAGGAGGGGGGAAAUAGAUUACACUCAAAUAUUAAGAGAAAAAGUAAAUUCUAGAGGAAAGAAAAGGAGUUUGACACUUAGAGGCUGGAUGACAGAUCACACAGAGGGAGAAUGACUAAGGAUGUCCCCUGGGGAAUGGUCAGGGUUGCCUGGCUUUCUCCCUCCCGUGCAAGGACAGUAUGAAGUAGCAUUUGUGACUGAUUAAAUAUACCUGCACAGCCAUGACUGAGGACAUGAGCUAGGGCUGCAACAGGCAGGAGACUUGGCCUUGUAUUUUCCCAGCAGAAGGCCUGUGGUCUCUGGAGAUCCCUCCCCGCCACCCCACUCCAAAGAUGCAAUGGCUACUGGUCUGGACCCACACUCACCCAGAGAGGUAGAGGCGACUUUACCGGUUGGGUCUCUAGAGGACUGAAUUGCUGAGUGGCUGUGUUUCAUCCAUGCCAUGGAAAGGUGGAGGGUGUUUAGAGAUGGAGGAAUUGUUUUUAUACCUUCCCUCUGUUUUCAUUCUCCAAAUACAAUCUUUAAUGAACUUCACUUAUUUUCUCUGUAAAUUUCAUUUUCGACGCUAUUCAGAGAUACUUUUAACAGCAUCACUUUAAAACCAUGAACUGGCAUAAUAAUAUGUUUCCAUUUCUGGUGGAAAGACUACACACGCAUAAGAAAAAGAAGUUCUGUUUAUAUAUAUAGUCCAUAGACACAGUAACUAUUUGUCAUUCGGACAAAUUGAAAUCCCUUAAUAAAGCCAUUUCUCUCCUUGUUGAAAUGCCAGUUGAUCGUUAGCUUUCCCUCUGUGGCAUUCAUUCUAGAAUUGGCAACCCAGGCUCACAUUUUUGUGUUAGAUUUUUGUUCUUCCAUAAUACCCAUGUAUAUUUUAUGUUGUCCAAUAAAAUGUGUUAGAUUGAUGAGAUUUUCUAAAUAGGCCUUUAAAAUAUUUAAUACCAACUCUUCUACCAAAUACACUUGAAUGAUAAUUACCUUUGAGAUUAUUAUUCUGGUCAUUGAGACAUUUAAAUGUAUGCAUAAAACAUCUCAAUUAGGAAGAAAAAAGAAGCCUGAGCCAUCUAAAUUUUCAGUUCUACCUUGUAGUUUUGUCUUACUGAUAAACGUGAGUGAUUCAAGGUCAAGAGGUGAUGGGCUGAAAAGUGGUUAA